UAAAUAUGAGCUCACCUAGGUAUUCUCCCGGAUCCAGAUUCCCGUUCCUCCUGUGCAACUCUCUGUCCCUUGACAUUGAAUCAGCUGCCUUGACCAUUCAGUACUCGUACUAAUGAGUCAAUUGGAAGAGGGAGAGACUGAAAGGUGUCUUAAGAAUGGAGAGUCAGCGCCCAGUUCCAAUGUGGAUGUGCAGUCCGAAGCUGCUAACGUCUCCGCAAGCAAAUCAUUUUUUAAGCAAAAUCUAGUGGAACAAGGAUUGUUUCGUGCUUGCGGCGCAGUGUGCUUCUUGUUUACUAUGAUGGGGGGUUUAAUGAAGCAGAAAAACGCCAAGAGGAAGAGUGAUAUGACUCUAGAAGAAAUGUACAACGGCCAACAUGGUUUUGAAGAUGACGAGGAUGAUGACAGUGACUGGGAGCCCUCUGCUCUACCGGACCAUCAUGUGGUCGAGGUCCCGAAGUGGUUUUGCCUCAAUUGCACUAUGGUUAACAUUGGGGAUGACUUACAUUGCGAUGUAUGUGGUGAACAUAGGGAAUCUGGAAUCCUAAAGCGUGGCCAUUUGGCUUCUCCCUUUUAUGGAGCAGAAGGUCUCACUGAAGAUGAUGCACAUGCAGCUGAUGGACUCCAAGGUCCUAGCUUACAAAGUUUUCCAUCAGACAAUGCUACUGCCAUAGGAUUUGAUGAGAGAAUGCUGCUUCAUGAAGAAGUUGUCAUGAAGUCUCAUCCCCAUCCAGAAAGACCUGACCGUAUUCGAGCCAUUGCUGCUAGCCUUGCAGCUGCAGGUAUAUUUCCAGGAAGGUGCUAUCCAAUCUCAGCCAGAGAAAUUACACGAGAAGAACUCCUGAUGGUCCACUCUGUCGAGAAUAUUGAAGCUGUUGAACUUACAAGCCAUGUUCUUUCUAGCUAUUUCACACCUGAUACAUAUGCGAAUCAGUAUUCAGCAAGCGCUGCAAGGCUUGCUGCUGGUUUAUGUUUUGAUCUUGCUGCAGCUAUAUGUUCUGGAAGUGCCAAAAAUGGUUUUGCUUUGGUUCGUCCUCCUGGUCAUCAUGCUGGUGUAAGACAGGCCAUGGGUUUUUGCCUUCACAACAAUGCAGCUGUUGCUGCAUCAGCAGCUCAGAUUGCAGGAGCUAAGAAGGUCUUGAUCAUUGACUGGGAUGUACAUCAUGGCAAUGGUACACAAGAAAUAUUUGAGAAAAAUAAAUCGGUUUUGUAUGUAUCCUUGCAUAGACAUGAGGGUGGAAAGUUUUAUCCGGGUACCGGAUCUGCUUAUGAGAUUGGCGUGAUGGGUGCAGAAGGAUAUUGUGUAAACGUUCCUUGGAGUUGUGGAGGAGUUGGUGACAACGACUAUGUUUUUGCAUUUCAGCAAGUUGUGCUUCCUAUAGCUUCUGAGUUCGACCCAGAUUUUACGAUAAUUUCUGCUGGAUUUGAUGCUGCAAGGGGUGACCCGCUUGGCUGCUGUGAUGUUACUCCUACCGGCUAUGCACAGAUGACCCAUAUGUGCAGUGCACUAUCUGGUGGAAAGCUACUGGUUAUCCUUGAGGGCGGGUAUAAUCUUCGAUCAAUAUCAUCCUCCGCUACAGCAGUUAUUAAGGUCUUACUUGGGGAAAGUCCAAGGCAUGAUGUGGAGCAAGUAAUGCCCACUAAGGCUGGAUUACGAACUGUUCUCGAAGUACUGAAAAUUCAGUUAAACUAUUGGCCAUCGCUGGAAUCCAGGUUUUUAAAGUUGCAGUCAGAAUGGGGAUGGUAUGCCUUGCAGGAGAAAAGUUAAACACAAAAAGAAGAGGGGAUGGGCAAAGGUGCCAACCUGGUGGAAAUGGGGACCAAAAAGGUGGUUGUAUAGGCUCUGGUGCAAGAAGCUUUCUUAACAAUUGAAAAGUCAGCUGCUAACAGUUACUGUAGAAUUUUGGCGCGCCUUUUUGCUUUUUCCUGCUCAUAUUUCAUCUUAUGUGCAAGAUAGGUUUUGUGAAUUACUGCGUCAAGAGAUUCCAAAGUAGUAUUGAUGUUUCUAAAUUGUUAGUAAUAGUAGCCUUUCUUCUGCAUUGUCACACUCCUCCUUAUGUGGGCAGUUUCAGACAGAGAACAUCCCCACACAAACGCAGAAUUUGAAUGAACAUGAAAACUGGAUUUUGCAUCUCAUAACUCUACUUAAUAUACGAUAACGUCACUGAUUUUAUUCUA